AUGACGGUGACAGUCAACAAGACAGAAGACAAGUCGCUGGAGGAGCGAGGACGCAUCAUGAUUUCUCUCAAGUACAACACCCUGAAGUCCUGCCUGGUCGUUGGCAUCAUACGCUGUGCUCACCUCGCCGCCAUGGACGCCAACGGCUUCUCUGACCCCUACGUCAAAACGUACCUGAAGCCCGAUGAGAACAAAAAGUCAAAGCACAAGACGGCUGUGAAGAAGAAGACACUCAAUCCUGAGUUCAACGAGGAGUUCUGUUACGACAUUAAAUAUGCAGACCUCACCAAAAAGACACUGGAGGUAACCGUGUGGGACUACGAUAUCGGGAAGUCCAACGAUUUCAUAG